CGGUGGGUUCCUCCGCCCGAACUCCCCCUGCCCCGCCGGGUGCCCCCAUUGGCUGCGCCCGGGGUGGGGGUGCGGUGUGCGGGGGGUGGUGGGGUGCGGUGGGUCCCUCCGCCCGAACUCCCCCUGCCCCGCGGGGUGCUCCCAUUGGCUGCGCCCGGGGCGGCGGUUCAGGACGCGGCGCGCGGCUCCUGCGCUGGAAGCCCCCCACUCCGGACAGAGCUGCCGACCCUGGACUGAGCUGUGAGCCCCCCAGCAUGUGGAGCCGGGAGAGACCCUCCAGGCCGUGCUUCUCCACGCCGCCCUUCGACCCCCGAUUCCCCAACCAGAACCAGACUCGCAACUGCUACCAGAACUUCCUGGAUUACCACCGCUGCGUGAAGAACAUGGACCGGCGCGGGAGAAACCCGGAGGCCUGCGAGUACUACCAGCGAGUGUUCCGCGCGCUGUGUCCCAAGAGUUGGGUGCAGCGCUGGACGGACCAGCUGGAGGAAGGGACGUUCGCGGGCAAGAUCUGAAGGCGCCAUGACCACCAUUAACUCCACCCUCCCUCGGCCCCAUAUCCCCCCCAGCGUCCACACCACGAAUAUAGCUUUCUUGCUGCU